AUGAAUCAAUCAUUGUCAUUUGGCUGGAGGACACUGAACACAAGUGGAUUUGUAUUGAAUACCUCAGAGCGUAACUACUGCCCACUGGGCUUUGGACAUUAUAAUUCCAUGGACGUUUGUGUAUUGGAAACCACAAUUAUUGUGCUGCUAACCUUCCUUAUAAUUACUGGCAACUUAACAGUUAUCUUUGUAUUUCAUUGUGCUCCUCUACUUCACCAUUACACUACUAGUUACUUCAUUCAGACCAUGGCAUAUGCAGACUUGUUGGUGGGUGUGAGUUGCUUGGUACCCACCCUUUCACUGCUCCAUUACUCCACAGGUAUACAUGAAUCUUUAACAUGUAAGGUUUUUGGCUACAUUAUUUCUGUACUGAAAAGUGUGUCCAUGGCUUGUUUAGCCUUCAUCAGUGUGGAUCGUUAUCUUGCCAUCAUUAAGCCACUUUCCUACAACCAACUAGUAACACCAUGUAGACUGCGCCUCUGCAUCAUCCUUAUUUGGAUUUAUUCAUGCUUGAUCUUUUUGCCUUCUUUUUUUGGCUGGGGUAAACCUGGUUACCAUGGUGACAUCUUUGAGUGGUGUGCCAUUGCUUGGCUAACAAGUACCUACUUCACUGGCUUCAUUGUCUGCCUUCUUUAUGCUCCAGCCGCCCUAGUUAUCUGUUUUACAUACUUUCACAUCUUCCGCAUCUGUCGGCAGCACACCAAAGAAAUUAGUGAACGUCGGGCACGAUUUCCUAGUCAUGAAGCCGAAUCAACUGGUGAAACUGGGCCUGGUCACAGCCCUGAUCGACGCUAUGCCAUGGUUUUGUUUCGGAUUACUAGUGUAUUCUACAUGCUAUGGCUCCCAUACAUCAUUUACUUUUUGUUAGAAAGCUGGCGGGCCCUGGAUAACCCGGCCCUAUCCUUCCUUACAACUUGGUUGGCCAUAAGCAAUAGUUUUUGUAACUGUGUUAUUUACAGCUUAUCAAACAGUGUUUUUAGGCUUGGCCUUAGAAGGCUUUCUGAAACGAUAUGUUCACCAUGUUUGUGCUCUAAAAACAGAAGUGACCGUGACCUAAAACCAAGGAAACGUGCAAACUCAUGCUCUAUCUAA